AUGCUGCUGGGCGCGGCCCGUCUUUGUGUGGCGCUGGCGGCCGCUCUGUGCUGCUGCCCCUGGGCGGUGUCGGCGUCGAGUGCCGGGUUCGGCCCCAGCCUCCUCAACUCCAACGCCAUCAAGAACCUGCUGCCAGGCGGCGGCGCCGGGCUGGGGGGCUCCUCCGUCAGUGCCGCGCCCGCAGACUCGGCCCUGCUCGAGGGGGGCAACAAGCACCAGGCCGUCGAGACCCACCAGCCUUACACCUGCUCGGAGGACGAGGACUGCGCCCCGGACGAGUUCUGCUCCAGUGCCCCGCGCGGGGCCGGCCCCGCAGUCCCGCUCUGCCUCGCCUGCAGGAAACGCCGGAAGCGCUGCCUGCGCCACGCCAUGUGCUGCCCGGGCAACUACUGCAAUAACGGGAUCUGUGUGCCAUCAGAGCAAGGUCACUUUCUCCCCGGGGAGAUGGAGGAGACCAUCAUUGAGAGCUUCAGUCCUGACCAUGGAAUCCCGGACUUGCAUCCCAAAAGGACCACAUCCCCUUCCCAGCUGCAUCACCUGAAAGGUCAGGAAAGUACCACCUGCCUCCGCUCUUCAGACUGUGCUGCUGGAUUGUGUUGUGCGCGUCACUUUUGGUCCAAGAUCUGUAAACCUGUCCUUAAGGAAGGCCAAGUAUGCACCAAACACCGAAGGAAAGGCUCUCAUGGCCUGGAGAUCUUCCAGCGAUGCUACUGUGGAGAAGGUCUGUCCUGUCGGCUACAAAGAGAUUAUGCAACUACCAACUCUUCCAGACUGCAUACUUGCCAAAGACAUUGA